CAUUUCAACUUGGUGAGUUGGUCACAAUGUAUCACUGACGUAAGUAUUUUGCAUAGAAUGGUACACAGUACAAAUGAGUUCUUGAUUCAUAACGCGCAAUUUUGUUUUUCGCAUCCAACCUUGUUUUUCGCAUCAAACUUUGGAUUUCGCUAGUUUACAACUGUGAUUUGGCGAUAUUUCGUAGAAGUUAAUCCAGUGUUUAGUCUGUGCCUAAGAUGUUCAUCAUAAGGAUUCAGACAGUUCUGCUACUUCUUUUUAUAGGAAGUCAACGAUUGUUAGCCGGUACAAUUCCUUCAGGGACCGAAACAGAAGAUCCGCUAAAAACCAAGCACGAUGUUCCACAUACAUUUGAUAAUGAGAAGAAAGACGAACACCAGAACCUUCCUUGGGAUUGCCAAGCCGAAUCUGACUACAUUCAGAAAGAAAUAGCACUAACAACCAAAAUUCUAGCAGAUGGUGAGCGGUUCAUGGAGAAUCAAGACUUUUCAGAUGAUGCUGAAACUGUAUUAGUACUAGGGAAGGCGGGUAGUGGAAAAACCAGUUUAAUCCAGUUUUUGUCUGGAAAUCCCCACCUACGUUCCACAUUGGUCAGGAGUGACACCGGUGAAUACAUCAUCGAAGACGGGCAGAAAAUCGGAACUUCGGCCACUGAGUCUUUCACUCUGUACCCAGAACGUGUCCAUUACAACUCAUCAAUCACAUUCUGUGAUUCCCCAGGGUUCCACGACUCACGGAGCUCUGCACAUGAGAUAGUUUCAAUGGAUGUCAUGAAAUCCACCACCAGCAAAUUCAAGAGGAUGAAAAUUGUUUUGCUUGAGAACUACAGCUCUCUACAGUACGGUCUCUUCAAAGACAAUUUCAUCAACACUCUUCGACAUUUGAAUGAUUUCUUGGUUGAUUUCGACAAAUAUAAGGAUCAUAUUGUGCUGAUUGCAACUAAAGUACCUUUCGGUUAUAGAAUGCCUGAUGAUAUCAGUGCUCCUCCAGAGUUCAUCACAGAAGACAUGCAUGUUGAGAGUAUAAUAGCUUACUUGCAUCAAAUGGAGAAAUCUCUAACACGGAAAAUCCUAGAGACAAACAGUAGAACCGACAAGGAGUUCUACAAGAAAGUCAUUAGAUUACUAGGAAGCCUCCAGACCAGAGAUGAAAAUGGGAAAGUAGCCAGAAUAAAUGUAUUUAGGCGUCCAUACACGUCAGGUCCUCUCGAAAAACAGUCAUUACUUGAAAAGAAUAGAAGAUCCCUAGCUAGAACAAUAAUGAAUUUAGAUUUUGUGGAAGUUGGAGAGAAUGACUUUGAUUUCACAUUGUCAGACAGAGCGAAAAUGUAUCUGGAAUGCCUGCUGAAAUUGACCAGUGAUAGCUACAAACUUAAGAUCAAUGAAUUGUCAUUCAAACUGAGCGAAUAUGUCAAACAUAAAACCGAAAACUACGAAACUUUUGAAAGGGUUCUGACAGAUCUGGAACUGUUGUAUGGUGCAUUAAAACAAUUAUCUGAUCAACUGGAUAAAACUAAGGAUUACAAUGAGUUCUUCCAGAAGAUCAAUAGUUUCAUCUCAGAUCAGCAAAUGCAGCCUCAGAUCGAUUUCAAUGAAGGCAUAAAUGUGAUAGAAAAAUAUGAGAGGAUGCUUCUGAAAUUUGUUGAUACCAAUAAUGUUUUCAUUUCAACGUCCUGGGCACUACCAAUUAGGCAAGUCAUGAGAAUGACAGAGGAAAAACUGCAAUGGUAUAGUACUCUCGACGAAUUCAUUACUGUUCUUUCAAGUUAUGAGUAUCAGAAGAAGAAACCCGAGAUAGCUUCAAGAAUCAUGAAUGAGGGUUCCAUUUCAAAAGAUGAUUUGAUGUCACUAUUCAUGGAGGCUACUGGAAGCAUAAAUGCCAAGCAUUUCUUUGAUGAGGGAUCCAGCAGUAAGAAGUAUUCAGAAAUUGAAACAGUUGUGAAAACUUUCCUGGAAAAAAAUAGAAUCCAUUGUGAUGCUAAUGGUGUGCUGAGAGUUGAAGGAUUCUAUGUGAUGCUUUCAGAGAUUAAUGUAUACAUUGAGACAGUUAAUUCGAUGGUGCAAAAAUACGAUAACAUAAAAGUCAAAGAGGUAAGAGUGCUGGCUGUUCACACAGUGUUUGUGGAUGAUGACACCAAUGCUUAUUUCAAGGGAGUGGACAUGUUUGUUGCAGCAAAUAAGUGGAGAGUGAUUGGUCAAAGGAAGAUAGUACUUAGUGGUCAGCCUGGUCCAGAAAUAUCCGUUGAUAAAUAUCAGGGCAGAGAUGGGAGACCUGGCUUACCAGGAGGUAAUGGUGGAAGUUUCAUCGGAAUAGGCAGGGACUUUUUGUAUGGUGGAAGUUUACUUGUUCAGUCAUACGGUGGCGCAGGGGGUCCUGGGACUGAUGGCGCAAAGGGGGCCAGAGGUAUGGAUGGUAGUUUUGUUCAUGACACCUUCAUACCAGUUUCAGGAGAGUAUGUGAAAAGUUCCUCUCAAAUCUUUGGAAUUGAUGCUGAUUACUUCAGUAAAGGUAUGACUAGACUAACAGGGAAACACAAGUUUUCCUUAGCAUUUUUCGACUCCAGCAACAGUCUCCUAGAUACCAGGGCUGACAUAAAGGUUGUGAAGGAAGAAGGCUUUUGUGGGGAGAACGGAGGUCCUGGAGGAUUGGGAGGGCAGGGAGGUAUAGGAGGUUUUGCAGGAGACCUAAAACUGCUUGAAUUUGGAGCACAAUCGGGGAUAAGAUUGGAGAACCAAAAUGGCAGCAUGGGAACACCUGGAAAACAGGGAGAGACUGGAGAGAAGGGGGAAGACGAGAUGGGAGUGGUUGUGUCCAAGUUUGGUUCCGGAGAGAUUCUGGAGGAAAGCCUUACUGGAAAUGUGAGUCAACCGGAGUCACAUCUCCAGCCUGCAAAACUUGUCCAAAACUUGGUGAAGAUGUUGAACAACACACAACAAAAGGCAUGAAACAGCCAGCGCCCAAAAAACCCGCCAAUGUCACUGAUUUCAUAAUUGAUUACAAGAAGUUCAUGACAUCUUACUCCAAACACAUUAUAUUCAAUCAGGAGGUAGUUGAUUAUUUUAAGUUAGUUGAUGCUAUGAACAUCUGGAGAAAAAACUAAUGAAUUUUAUUCAUUUUACAAAUUUCAUAACACUUGGAUAAGAAUAUCAUCUAUAAUAUAAUAGAGAGAAGAAUUCGUUUAUACACGUACGGAAUAGGACAUUUAGGAAUGAAGCAUCAUCACGUCUGAACUACUGAACUGAUUAACUUGAAGUUUUACAUAUAGAUUCUUAAUUUAUGGAAAGAAUUCGCUUAUACACGUACGGAAUAGGAAAUUCACGAACGACGCAUCAUCACAUCUGAACUACUGAACUGAUUAACUUGAAUUUUUGCAAAUAGAUUCUUAAUUUACCGAGGAUGGCUAUAGAUCUAUUUUAAAUUCUUCAAGAUUUCAGUGGGUCAAGUUUUCAAGUUUGUCAAGUUUUUAAUUAAACCCUUGCGGAGCACGGGUUAUCUGCUAGUUCUUAAUGAUGAAGCUCAUGUUUAAAAAAUCGUUUUGAUCAGUUCUGUGUUUGGCCAGUUAUUUCAGUCACGACUCGCUCCAAACUUCAACGACGAACCUUCAAAAUACUUUCACAAAUGACAUUUAACGAAUUUUUGGAUCAAGGUUUCUAUUGUUAUGGAGUUCACAAUGCAUCUAUUUCUACCAAUGCAUUGAAAUUGUUUUAAUAAUCAUGAAUCGAAGUUUCCAUUGUAAUAGAGUUUGAGAUGUUGCUAUAACUUAAAUACAUUAAAAGUUUAAAUCAAAUAAAAAUAUAAAUCUUAGUGAUUUCAAAUCACUUGAAAAUGGCUUUAAUGUCCGGAACAUGUUGUGAUAAAAUAAUUGAAAAGGGUACUCAAAUUAAUCACUUGGAAAUGGCUUGAUUUAUAUUUUAUUUACAUUAAAAGUAGCCCUAAAGAAAAAAUACUUUAAAAGUUUGUAUCUAUCUAAGAACAGUUGAAUAUAGAUUCUUCCAAAAAAAAAAAAA